AUGCAAUCAACCAUCCUCUUCUUCAAACAUAAUCUUCAUUUCUGGUAUCGACCUGAACCUUACAAGGAAAGAACAGGACGUUCAGCUAAGUGGAUUGAGAAAACUCUUGAGCAAGUAUUUCGUGAAUACUUGAAGUAUCUUGUCCAACAAUCAACCGCCCCUGUCACUAUUCUAUACACACCAGGGGGAGAUGCUGAAGUGUCUGAGCAGACAUUCAUCUCAUCCUCCACAUGCGGCCCUGAAGACUCUAGUUGCGAGAUCAAAGUCAAAGUGUUGUCGCCAAUCUUCUAUUCACGCUUCGUUUACUAUGCGCAUGAUUCUGAGGCCAUCUUUUGCGAGGUGGCUGAAAGCUGUACCCUUUGGACUGACAAGCCGGAACAGCUGACGAGGGUUUUUUUGAAGAAGGGUUCUCCACCUAUUCAUGCUUCCAAUCUGCUUGACUAUAUGCUCUUUCAGCUCAUCAAAAGCCUCAGACGCCGGCCUGAUAAGAUUGAGAGACCAUUGACGUCUACCAACGGACAUUUGUCCUCAGUGAAGGGCAUUGAUAUCCGGAAGUUUCGAAUUUCAUCAAUGGAUGCCUUUGUUCUUGAACAAGGAGAUAAAGAACUCAAAAGCGCGUAUUUGAGGUCUGUGGUCCGCCUCUUUGUGGCUGAUCGUAUUGCUAUGAGCAGCGUCAGCCUGCUUAGCAUGAUGGAGCUCAUGGGAAGAUUGGUUGUCUCAUGGGUGCUGGCAUUACUCAUUACGCAGACCAUCCUGGGCUUCUCAUGA